GUCGCCGGUUUUGGAGGCCUCUUCAGGUGGCUGGGGAAGAGGAGGGGUGAGGAGAUGCUGGAGGAGAAGAGCGGGCAGGAGCUGAGUCUGAAAGGCCGGUACCCAGGGCAGCAGAUGGACCAACUGCACCGGAGUGCAAACCUUCCUUGUGCCAGACAUCUGACACCUGUAGCCGUUAAAGUUCUGCACCCUGGGCUAGUCCACCAAGUCCAGAUGGAUCUGUUCCUCAUGAAGAUAGGGAGUCACAUCCUUGGACUUCUCCCUGGGUUCAAGUGGCUCAGUUUGACUGAGAUUGUGGAAGAGUUUGAGAAGCUUAUGAUUCAGCAGAUUGACUUGCGCUAUGAAGCCAGGAAUCUGGAACGCUUCCGCCAAAAUUUCCUGGAUGUUGAUUUUGUGAAGUUCCCAACUCCUCUACACCCCCUGGUUACAGCAGAUGUUCUAGUGGAAACAUUUGAGGAGAGUGAGCCUAUCUCCCAGUACCUGCACACAGAGAUUGCCCCACAGCUGAAGCAGAGACUUGCAAAGAUGGGCAUGGACAUGCUGCUAAAGAUGGUCUUCGUUGACAACUUUGUUCAUGCCGACCUGCACCCCGGGAACAUCCUGGUGCAAGGCCCGGCCCACAGCAGCGCUGGCGGCGGGGAGCAGCUGGCGCUUGUGGACCUGUGCGACACGCUGGUGCUGGAGGUGCGGCCACCCCGCGCACGCCUCUGCCUGGUGCUACUGGACGCGGGCAUCGUGGCGGAGCUGCAGGCUGCCGACAUGCGCAACUUCCGCGCCGUGUUCACUGCUGUGGUCCAGGGCCAGGGGGAGCGAGUGGCAGAGCUGAUCCUUCACCAUGCCCGAGCCAACCAGUGCCGGGAUGUGGAGCGAUUCAAGGCGGAGAUGGCGGAGCUCGUGGCCAGGGCGCGAGGGAGCUCCGUGGCCCUGGGAAAGCUUCAAGUGGCAAAUCUCCUGUCCCAUGUCUUUAAGUUACUGAUGACCCAUAAGGUGAAGCUCGAGAGCAACUUUGCUUCCAUCAUCUUUGCCAUCAUGGUCUUGGAAGGGCUUGGUCGUUCACUGGACCCUGAAUUGGACAUCCUGCAGGCUGCUAAACCACUACUCAUCAAAACUGCAGCUUCUGGCCUUUAACAGACUCUUGUGGUUGCUGCUCUUUCACUGUGCAGGGUUACCUUUGCUCUCUGGGAGCUGAUGGAGAAAGGCUGAAGGUGAGA